UGAUCGUACACCAGCAUUUCUUUGACUUGAUGCUUUCAGUAAGGCCGUAUCUCCGACGGCAAGAUCGGUUGAGCCCGUCGCUUGGCAGUUUCUUUGCCAUGACCAUGUACGCAGUACUUCGGAUUCCGAGCAUGUUUGAUCGACGUUAUCUCAUAAAAAAACUCAGAGCUUCAAUAUGAACGUAGUUUUAUGACACUUUUGAAUCUGCCAUUAGCAUAAUGACCGAAGACAACAACAACCUAUCCUCUUCGAGCCCACCGAAACACAAUGGUAAAAUUGGCCGGUACCAGGGAUUCUCGAAUUGGCAGCCUCUCAGUACAGAAAGUACAAGCCCUAUGACAACACAUGGACAAGGCGCCUUGUCUAGACUCAUCAAGAAUCAUUCAAAUGGGUCAUUGGCUACCAUUCGGCGUACGUCCGCAUCGAUUCUAGGUAGAGAAUCGUCGGAUGAUGAAGAGCGCCCUCGUAGUGUAUUUGACGACCGCGAUGAUCUCAGCGAGAGACGCCUGAGUGCUGUUCUCAAUGGACCUCAGAUGCGUAGUCAACGCCUUAUUGGCAAUAACAAUCCGCGAUAUAAAUGGGAAAGGUAUUGGAAAACCGAGGAAGAGUUGAAGGGGAUGAAGAAACCGAUGUAGGUCACCAAAGUGUCACGGGCGCAAACAUUCAGCCUUAUGACCAAAACUAACAGCCUCGCAGACGCCAGUACUACGAACGCACGAAUUCUCUCAUUCAACAAUAUAUUUAUAUUGAUCGGCUACUUGAUUCUUCGAUACCUCAUGACCUCUUGAAUGAAUACGAACACAAUGCAUGCAGUGGGCGAUUUGAAGUGCCCACUACGAUAUCAGAAGAACCGCGUACACCCCCGGAACUAGAAACCGCAACAAGCAAUGGCAAUACCUCUACAUCCGUGCCGAAGAGAAUAAAACGGACACCCCGAGAGAUUUACAAGGUAACGGAAGAGACACCCCUUCUCGUCUUCGAGGGAGAUAGCGAAUACGAUGGGCCAAAGCCUGAAAUUCCCGGUAUGGAGGAUGACAGUGUGGAGAGUGGUGAUAGGAUUGUGCAGAUCGCGAUUUAUAUCAAUUUGGUUGCCAACACAGUUCUUCUAGCUGGCAAAAUUGCUGUCAUUGUGCUAACAAGCUCUCUCUCGGUUCUUGCUAGUCUUGUCGACGCCGGAUUGGAUUUUCUCAGUACAGCGAUCGUUUUCACGACCACUAAAAUGAUCGAACGUCAAGAUCAGUAUUCUUAUCCUGUUGGUCGUCGGCGCCUUGAGCCCAUCGGUGUUCUUGUGUAAGGCAGUCCCUUGACGUUUUAUAGACUUUUUGCUUGGUCACGGGGAGAUAUUGAUUUACCUCAUUUAAGCAAAUGCUAACGUAAUGACGUUGUAGCUUCAGUGUUAUCAUGGUCACAUCUUUCUUUCAAGUGGCUUUAGAGUGUUUCUAUCGCCUCUCCUCGGACGAUCGUGAUAUUAUCGAGCUUACUCUACCAGCCAUCGUUAUCAUGUCUUCAACAGUUCUCAUCAAGGCACUUUGCUGGCUUUGGUGCCGUCUAAUCAAGAACUCUAGUGUUCAAGCUCUAGCCCAAGAUGCCAUGACUGACGUGAUUUUUAACAUCUUUAGUAUCAUCUUUCCUCUCGGUAAGCCCAGUAAAAUUUUCAUUCUCCAUCUAAUCUAGCUAACAUACAACAGUUGGUUUCUAUGCCCAACUCUGGUGGCUUGACGCUCUGGGAGGUCUCCUGCUUUCUUUCUUCGUCAUCAUAAACUGGGCUGGUACCUCCGCCGGCCAUAUCCGUAAUCUAACCGGUGCUGCUGCCACCGCCGACGAACGCAACGUUCUUCUCUACCUAACCAUGCGUUUCGCACGCACCAUCAAGCAAAUCCAAGGCCUACAAGCCUACCACGCCGGCGACAAACUCAACGUCGAAGUCGAUAUUGUGCUAGAUGAAAGCAUGAGUCUUCGCGAUAGUCAUGAUUUGGGCGAAUCAUUACAGUAUGUAUUGGAAUCUGUACCAACGGUUGAUAGAGCAUUUGUUCAUCAAGAUUAUGCGGGCUGGAAUUUACCUACGCAUAUGCAACAGCAGGGUGAGUAAGGUAGAUUGAUUCAGUGAUUGAAAGCUUUGCUAUGUUAUUUUUUUGAACUUCUUCGGAUGAUGUCCAUUAAGAAGUGCUCUUGUAGGACGAGAUUCUUAGAUUCUUCUUUUUUCUGUAUAAUAUUGUAUUAUUAAUAUAACAUCCAUCCUUGUGUAUUGGUAUAUAUUACCCUCUUUUCAACUGAUAAUAAAACAUAACAAUAUAAAAUUAAAUAA